AUUUUUUUAAAUACAGCUGUAGAUUCAUGCAUGACUGAUUCGAUCACUUUUUUCACCGAUCGGGUGCCGUUUCAUUUGCCAAAGUUUUAAGUUGCCAAAGUGUAACGUUUUUUGGUUUGUACUAAGUGUAAUUAGUCAUUUUGAAAUUAUUUGCAAGUUACCCGUAAACAAUUCAAGAGACAGUGGCGUUUUAAUCAAUUCUAAAUCCGAACUUACUCCGACGUCCGGUAGGAAACGUUUCAACACGUCUGAAAGCCAUAAUCGUACGUGAUGUUUUCGAAAGGAAGGUCGGUUGGAAGAAACGUCCAGUUCCUGUUUUGCUGUUUCCUCUCUAUAUAUAAGGCCAGUAAAGUAAGCAGCUAAAUCAAAAUCGGCAAAAUGCAAUGAAAACAACUUUCUGUUAAACUGAGAAGGUGAAGAUUCUUUCGUAUCUACUCGUUGCAAUGGAUUCAAGAAGCGCGGAAAUUAAUUGUGGUGCAUUGGAUGAGAAGUUGAACGCGGACGACGGCCUCGUAGUCCACAACAGGUGCUGUUUUCCUCGACGAUUCAAUCCAUGUAGUUUCUGGUCCUCGGUCUGCAGCUGGUACUUACGUCGUUUAGAACGCUUCUUUGGUUGGUUUGGUGCAGGAAUCGCCAAACAUCCACUGAUAACAAUCCAGAUAUGUCUUGUGUUCGUCAGUGUCUGUUCCGUGGGAUUUAUUUGGUUUGAAGCAGAAAACAGAACUGUAAAACUGUUUAUCCCCCAAACAAGCAAGGCCAUAGAUGACCUGGAAGCUGCCGAAAGAUACUUUCGAGUCAAUUUUCGAGAAGAAAUCGUCCUUUUGGUGGCAUCGCCUGGCCAUCCUAAUGUUCUAUCACCUGAGUGUCUGAGACAAGCCUUUCAAGCACACAACGCAGUCAUUGAAUUGGAAUCUUAUUCCGACUUCUGUGUCACUCUGUCGGGGAACCAAUCCAAGUCACCAGAAGACUGCGUUAUGAUCAACCCACUGGAAUUCGUGCAGUUCAACGAAACUUUAUUGCUUGACAAGGACAUAAAACAGGUCCAACAUGAACUGAGCAGAGCAUACAACAACACAAGCUUGAUCAUGCGAAAUGGUCGCCCUUUCUGGUUCAACUUUAACCGAAUGUUUGGCAAUGCUACUCGAAAACGUGGAAUCGUAACUGGCGCCAAAGCAUUACAAAUGGUGUAUCUGGUCCGUGACCCCAGUGACGACGACAUGAACGAGAAAGUUCUUAAUUGGGAGAAGAGCUUCAUUGACAAAGUCUCAUCGUUGAGAGAUGAUCUGUCCUGCUACGAAGUCCACUUCUCAAGUGAAAGAAGCCUUGACGAUGCCAUUGCUGAAAGUACUGGGUCUGACGUCACUUUGGUGUCAAUCACUUUCAGUAUUUCUGCAUCUACGCCGCCUUGACAGUAACCUUAUCAUUCCUGUUGAUUGUUACAUGCUUGGUGGCAAUUAUGUCCUACGACGUAAGAAGAAUCAAAUCCGGUCGCCGAGACUGCCUCCCAUUCUGCCUGGUGCCUAAACCAAAGGAGGGAAAGCCAGCCUGGGACGAACCUAUUAAACAGACGUCAAACCGAGCAAUGGAGUAUUGGGCCAAGUUCUUAACGCUUCCAGAGACAAAAGUCAUCGUUCUUUUGUUUUCAAUGUCACUGCUCGCAGCCGGAAUAUAUGGAGUAACCCAGGUGAACGAGACGUUUGACAGAAGAAUCCUAGCGAAGGAUGAAUCUUACCUGAAGCGAUUUUUGACCGCUCAAGAACAACACUUUGAGGUGUCCCUUGGAGUGAGCAUCGUUGAAACUGGUAGCGUAGAUUAUGAGAUGUACUCCACCCAGAAACACAUUAGAGCGCUUACAAACAUUGUCACGGAAAAUAAACAUUUCAGAAACCUAUCACUGUCCUGGAUGGACACCUUUUCUCGAUAUGCCAAAAGCGUUAAGAAAAACAUUACUGGUCCACAGUUUCUGCCUGAAUUAACAACUUUCCUUCGCAUUCCCGAGUAUUCUUACUUCAGCCAGGACUUAAAGCUUUCCGACGACGGUACAAGAAUAGAAGCAUCGCGUAUCAUGGGCUUUCUGAAGAACUCCGGCAGCUCCACGUUCCAGAAGGACGCAAUGACUUCAAUUCGCAAGGACGUAACUGAAAAGUCCAAACUGGAUGCCUUUCCAAUCGCUCGAUCUUUUAUAUUUUUUGAACAGUACGCUAUCACGUCCAGAGAAACCAUGAGGAACUUGAUAAUUGCAGCCCUAGCAGUGUUAAUUGUCACAAGUCCUUUUCUGGUGGACUUCACCGUGACGCUCCUGGUGGUUCUUAACUUUGCGGCCCUGAUAUGCGAGCUGUUUGGCUUAAUGGUCAUAUGGGACGUGUCAUUGAACUCUGUGUCAAUGAUUAACCUUGUUAUGGCUGUUGGAUUUGCAGUCGAUUACAGUGCACAUGUUGCGCAUGCGUACAUUACAUCAAACGAGGAAACAGCUAACAAGAGAGUAGUGGAGGCUCUGAGUACUAUCGGUGCGAGUGUUUUCAUGGGAGGACUCAGCACUUUCCUUGGAAUGGUCGUACUUGCGUUUGCCUCUUCAGAGAUCUUCCGAAUAUUCUUCCGAAUGUUCCUCGGUAUUGUCGUGCUUGGCCUUCUACAUGGAUUGUGUAUCUUGCCCGUUUAUCUGUCUUUACUCUGCUGGAGACCAACUGUUGUCAGACCACCCGCGGUGAGGGACACUGGUCUGGAUAUGGGCAGCAAAGUCCCUGGAACGGAUAGCAAUGGAGCAAAAACCAGCCCAAAAUUAUCAUCUGUCAAUGGAACAAAUCAAUGUGGUCUUCCCAUGAGUGUAUCGUUGAAGCCACCUCAGGAGAAAACCGAGCCGUUAGACAACGCCAACCUAGCCAACCAGAAGUUUGAAAACGAAACAGUUAAUGCUCAGCAUGAAAAGAGAGAUGCUAUCGAGAUUGGAAUUCAAAACAUUGGGGCUGAUGCGGAGGGAGACGAUUCUGAAAUGAAAAUAACAAUAUAGUUUUUGUUCGGUCAAACGAAUCCAUAGAAAAAUAUGAACAUGAUAUGGCAAGAAAAGAUUUAGCGGCAUGCUCGGAAUACUUUGAAACCUCAGGGCGAUGAGUUACCAGGAGAGAGCCCCUUGUUCAUGCUUAAUUACCUUGUAAUCAAAAUUUUUCUUCUUUCCACAAUUCAACUAUAACUGCUAUGAAGUUCAAACAGCGUAGGUGACAGAGCAGUGCAAGAGAUAAAAAACAGAAAUUUGAACUUGUACACACUAAUCAAUUGGCCGAUAUCCUGACAUUCCAAAAAGGGUUUAUUUUAACUUCUUCAGCCCGAUCUCACAUCUGGAGAGGUGGGUUGUAAAAUGUUCACAUCAUCGCAAUCACUUGUAAUAAUCUGAGGUCAAAGUUAGAAGGGAAUUCCUUGUCCAUUGAGGUCAAAGUUUUGGAAAAGAUGAAACUUUAAAUUAGAGAAGGCAAAAAAAAAAUAUAUUUAAAGGUACAUUCAUCAAAAAUAAUCUAUAGUGCGAGUUUUGAUGUUUAUUUUUCUCUUCAUGUUUAUUAACGAUUUGAGAGAUACAUAUUCCGCAUGGCCAAUUUGCAGACUGACCUAAGAAUUAGAUUAAUUGUGUAACAUUGUAUUUGAUAAACGUCCUUGGAAGACAAAAGCUAGUUUUAGUUGAGAGUUUUGCGUAUCUUACUAAUUCCUAUGUACCCUGAACAACAUAUUGCAAACAGAAACCUGAAGAGAGCAAUUUUCAAUCAAGACUAAUAAGUUUUGCCCUGCCAUCGACGGAGAAAAGUCGCACAACACUCUAUCCGGCGAUGAAAGUCAAAAACGUUUUUGCUAAGUCACGUUUUCCCGCGCUAUUGGCUUGAAGCUGUGUACACGUGUAUGCUUUUUUAUCGCAAUGCUUUUAACUAUAUUUACCUUUGUUCUGACCACUGUAAUUACUUUCUGUACUUUUGUAAAUCGUUUUAUACGUUUCAUAAAUUGUUAAGAAAGAAACG